AUGGCGGAUUCUACAAAACAAGGGCAGCCCCCCCUCGUCGACCGUAUUCUACAGUGCGGAAAGCUAGCUUAUGACCCUGAUCUUCCGGUGGAGACUCGAGCACAAGGUCAACAUGACUUUAAGGAGUUGAUCGAAAAUACAAAGACCACAGCUCUUUUGCCGGUACUGAAUCUCUUGGUCCAGCCAGGACGAACAUUACCAUGGCUACGCACGCCCAUCAUGUCAACUCUUGCGCAAAUACCCCUCAGACCUCGAGGAGUGCAAGAUACAGUUGAGUUUGUACUUUCCAUCCAUCCGAGUUCUCGUGCUCGGCCAUCAGACCAGCCGGAGAAACGUGCCAAUAUUUCUCAUGAGGCUUUAAACGCCGCUUCUAGACUGAUUUCAUCGCCACCUGCGGGCAUCUCGGCAGAAAUCUGGUUCUCCAAGAUUUCUCCUCAGCUGUUCUCCCUGCUACGGGGCGAAGGAGAGAUAGAAAUGGAUAGAGUUGCCUCGUUCAUAAUUGGAUUCGGUAUUCUGGGCCGAAAACAGUACGGAGCCCCAGGAAUGCCGGGUUGGAAAGCUUUUGUUGAGCCUCUGUUAGGCUGUAUCGAUCCUAUGCUUGGUCCCAGAUCAGACAACACCCCAAAACAGUCAGAAAUCAUAACACCAGGUGCUCCAAAGAUACUAGUAACUUCAAUGGAACUCGCGAAUGCUCUCAAGGAUUUGUCGACUCUCUUGAGUUCUCAUCCUCAUCCCUCGCUAGCAAAGAGACUACUCAGACCAAUUCUGAUGUCUUUGUGGGCAUUGUCAUCCUGGGCAGCGGAUGAUAAAAUGGUUAAAACUGAAUUUGUCCAGCCAGCAAGACAUUUAUUGAAGACCCUUGUACGACUUUGGCCGUCUUCGCCAGCGAACCCGACUUCAACGUCUGGACAGUUUAGUCCAUCUUUACUCAAUCUUGUUCUUCGGGAUCUGCUGUUCAAGGGAACACCGGAUGCUGGCCAAGCAAGUUGGAGAUACGCGACAGGAAAAGCUGGGGCCAUCCAGAUCCAAAGAUCCGAGAAUACCGGCGCAAUCCAGCCUCAUCUGGACCAAGACAUGAAUCUGAUUGAUACCGCUGCCGAUAAGUUUGUAGAACUCAUGAUCGACCUUUCAGAAACCCCUGAUCUCGAUAACGAGAUUUCACAGUUGUUCAUGGGGCUUUGUACCAAGUGGCUGUCAGACAAUAAGAAAAUCGAAAAUGAUUCAAUAAUCACACGUCUUAGUACCAGCCAACCCGACGAAGAUGUAACACAACAUAUUAUAGAAGCCAAGGUCAUGCAGAAAAUGAUGUCUGCUCUACCUGAAAAACUUGUUAGCGACUCUCGUCAAGUGAUACACUUGGUAAACCAAGUUUUCCGGGACUUUCUCGCGAACAGAAACGGUAGUAUUGACUCAUCAGCCGCGGUGGCUGUCGCAUUGAGUUUACUCAAUAUAGUAAUAACAUCGACAAGCUUUCAAGUGUCUGCUGAAAACGAGCCGAUCGAUGCUAUUCAGUCUAGUCUUGAGCAUAUAAGCUAUCUUAACAAUUCUGAAAUAUCGCCAACAGCACAAAAUCUGCUACUUCUCCUCAAAUUCCGCAACACUAUUUCUUCGCCUGCGGAAACGGGUACAAAAUCUACGGACCAGCAAAUUGAGGACAGAAAAUCGUACACUCUAGCGCUAUCUUACUUGACAGCAAAUGACUCCCCGCCACCAGUUCGAGUUCAAGGCCUUGAACUGUUGUCCUCUCUCCUCCGUUCAAACUCCUCUAUACUCGAUAUUCCAGCACUUCUAGUUCUCUUCUCCUCUUUGCUCCAGGAUCCCGAAGAAUAUAUCUACCUCCGUGCAAUUCAAUCCUUCAUUCAGCUAUCGCAAAAGCAUCCUAAGGCUGUAAUGAAAGAUCUCAUCGAUCGAUACGUUGAUCCCAAUGAAGAGUAUCAACUCGAUCAACGUCUGCGCCUCGGCGAAGCGCUUCUUCAAGUGAUUCAGAACAAUCCCACAGCAUUCGCAGGCGAUACUGCACGCACAGUAUGCGAAGGUCUCUUAUUUCUAGCUUCGCGUCGCGGCAAUAGACCUAAGACCGAGCAAGAGCAGAUAAAGCGUAAUAAAUUGAAGCGCAAACAGAACGAGGAGGCUGAGGAAGCUUGGGAGGGUCCUGUACCGCAACUUGACGAAGUCCUAGAGAUGGAAAAAGACAACGAGGAAUUUUUGUCACAGAUUCUUGAAGGUUGGGAGAGCAAACGCGGGAGUGAGGAUUUGAGAGUUCGGGCAUCGGCCAUUGCGAUUGCGGGAAGUUCUUUGGAAGUCAACAUUUCGGGCAUGAACUCAAAUACCAUAGCUACAGCUAUUGAUUUGAGCAUUCACAUCCUCACUCUGGAACCCGAGCCAGAAUCUGCCAUUGUUCGACGGUCUGCGAUUUUGCUUAUUCUCUCUUUCGUCAAAGCCUUGGAUACUGCGCGCGAUGAGGGAAAGAAAGUGGGCUUUGGUUUCGCGGGCAAAAGUUUGGAAGAUAUUUCGCGGAUCUUGGCAUACGUCUCUCAGACAGAUAAUGACGGUUUGGUCAGAGAACACGCGGAAGAUGUUUUGGAGGGGCUCAAAACGUGGCAGAUGAAUUCUUUACUUCCCCAGCGAGGAGAGCCGCAAACCGAACUCAAGGAGCUUGCGGGCUUGAGUAUUACCCCUGGCGGCAAUCUUAUAGAUCAAAGUGGGAGGGUGAGACCCAGGAUUGAAGAAAUCGAAUAA